CCUGACAUAGUUUUUCCUUUAGUUGGCAACAAUUGGCCACAUAUUAGGAACUGAGAUUUAUUUUCUGUAUCGUGCACAUGUUCCCUCUUGUAAGAUAAUGCAGCAUCAGUGGGCAUUUGGAACUCUGUUAUUUUGUUAUGACAUUUCAGACAGCACAGGAACUGAAAUUUCUUCUGAAUGGAAGUCCAUCUAUUGUGCUAGAAAUUGUGCGUUUUGGUUUAAAGCUACAUGAUUUAUUUUUUUUUUUAAGUAAAAAAAUCUUGUUUAAUUUCUAAGAAAUCUCUAAGAAUUCCUAAAGAAAAACCCAUAUGUGACUUACCCUGAAAUCAACCCAAUUCUAAUUUUUUCAACAAUGCAACAAAGCUUCUUACGGAUCAAUGAUUAUGAAAGUGAUUGGUAAAAUAAAUGUUAAUGGAAUUGUACCGGCAGCCUUAGUAAAAAAAAAGGGGUUAAUUUUAUGUCAAAUGUUUCAUGAAGUAAAAACAAGUACUGUCACUGGUCAAAUCUGGACCAGUGGGUUUCUACUGGGGCACUAAAAGGGUCAUGUAAAGAUGUGCUCCAUAGGGAUAGCUUUUCAUUAUACAGUGCUGUGAAUCUUCUUGCCUCAAUUUUCUAAUUCUAAAUAGUCUCAGAGAGUGCAAAAAAUGAAGAGGCUGAAACAAAUGAAGAAGUAAAGACCAGGGUGAGUCAUAUCUUACCUGCUAUAAGCUGUCUAAAAAUUAGGCUUCCAAUCUAAACUCUGUGGUCAUCCAUAGUCAAAGGACAAGAACUGAGCUGUAUUGUUGUGCUACACAAGUUACUUUGAAAAUAACAAAGUGUUGGGCAUUUUUGCAUAAAUAUUCAAAUGAGAGAUAAUUUUAAAAUAUUUUUAAGGUAAGAACAACCUGUCUGAUGGUUAAAUUCCACUGAAAUAGUCAUGCUUGUGAACACAUAGACACUGUCUUCACCUGCCUCCCCCCAGUCACGCCUAAAUGAUUUCCCCAGAAUUACUAAGGAGUGAGAUUAGCAAAUCAUUUUGAGAGUUUAAUGGAGAGGAUCCAUGAAACACCCUGGGUGUCAUCCACCACUCUCAGUGCUAAUGUCUGUCAUUGUAACUGUGGCUGUUCAAGCCCUGGAAGGGUGCGAUCUGUCAGUGUACCGUGGAUUAGCCAUGUCCAGAAACAGUGCUGGGGAUGUUAGCAAUGCUGUUACAUUGUCUAUUCAAUUCAAUAUGAUCAAUCCCUCUAUCAGGGAGCAGUUAGUUAUCUUUAUUGGAAAAGUCACAACUUGUUCUCAGAAUAGAGGCUGCAGCCUACAUCCUAGGUAUAAUAAAGUGCUUGUUGGUUGAUGUUUUUCCUUUCUUUUUUUUAAUUUAAUGUUAAUGUGAUCCUUUAAAAGUUGAUAAAAUGAGUUGGACAUGAGGCCUUUUAAACAGACCCAUGGGAUCAGAGAGGAUGCUGGAGUAGCUAAAAUAAAAUAUUGCAUCUUAAAAUGCAUUUAGAUCUAGAAGUCUUCAUACUUGCUUAAGGAGGCUGUCAUUUCAACAGAUGUAUGCUGUUUCUGCUUCAGAGGAGCAGUUUUGGGUCCCUGAGGGUCAGAGGCAGGGUUUGCACCAGGGCUGAGUGGUCUGUGUGCCUGAUUUUAGGGAGGCGGUGGGCAGAGCUGCCUUUGUUUCUAAUGCACUGACUGGUACCCAGCGGGCUGAGUCUCUGGAGGAUGAGCUGGGCCGCCUGUUCCCUGUGUCGCUGGUUUGCCUGGCACAAACCUCCAGCUGCCCAAGUACCCUACCUGGCAGAGGGGCUCGUGUGCCUGCCAAGGGUGUCUGGGGCACUAUCACACAAGGGCUGCCUAUCCAAUACUUCUCCACCCUUUGCAGAGCCCUCCCCUUGCCAACUGGACCUUUUUUUUAAAAUCAGGCAAUGUAGUUAAAACCAACAGUGGAAGCACCCCACAAGCUGCACUUCACUCAGCAGGACCUUCUUCUUUCACACUUCAUAAAACUAAAGAGUGUAAAGCUGCACCCCUGACUCCUUCCAUGGGAAGACGCUUUCCCUCCUGCCUUGUCCUCAGCUCCUCUCCUGAGCAGCCUCUUCAGGUGAGCUCAGGUGGUUUUUCAGGGGCUGGCAAGGGAGCAGAGGCUCGGAGCUGGUAGUUUAAAUUAAAGGGACAUCAUGGGGAAAUUGUGGUGACUGCUUUUCCUUUCAGCUGUGCUGUGAAAAUUAAAGUAGAAAUGGGAUAUACUAUUGCAGACAUUUAACUGACUACACCAAAGCCCAUUUCAAUACAUGCCUGGUGAAGGAAUAAGACUUGCAAAUGAAUUACUUUGCUGCUAAUUCAUGUAAAACCUGCAUGUGCGCUGAGGUUUCCUUAAAUAUUUGAUAAGUGAACAAAACUCUAGCACACUAAAGUGCCAAAUUAAAAUGACUGUCUGACCCGAUAAAAAGCAUAAUUACUUUUAAUGAAUACACCUGCCAAGUGCAGAUAUGCAGAGCAGCACCUGAUAUUUCUGCCCCCUCCUGUCUGCAAGCAGCCAUACAGCACUGACUGCUACCUAGUGCCUUACCUGUUGCUCCUGUCUGCGGAGCGAAUCCCACUCAUAGAUGGCUGACUCUCUUCAGUCUCCUUCUCCAAGGCUUUCAGGACACUGAUUUUUAUCCAGUCUUGCUUGGUGUUGAGGAAAAAGGAGCUCUAGAAAGCAGAACCCCCCCCCACCCUGCUCCCUGGUGCUGAGACCUCAGGGUAUAGAUUCAGGCUUUGCUUGCUCAGUGUGCACAUAUGUGUGUGCCUGUGUGCCUAUGAAUACAUGUGCAUAUAUAUGUGUGUGUGCACAGGUAUAUGUAUAUAUAUCUCCCCUUUUAACAUAAGUCAUCAGUUAGUUGACUUUUGUCUUGUUGGUUGAGUCUGACUGUCUCAAAUUUAUUUAGAAAACUAAUGCCUAUUGAAGAAUGAGCAUUAAAAAAAAAAAACAAAAAGAGAGAGAGAGAAGACAGACAACCAUUUCGUUGAGUGUCAGGUGAUUUUGUCAUUAUAUUGUUCAAGAAAUUAGAAAGAUUUCAAUGAAGAUGACAGAUAUUCUUCACUGAAUAAGUAGUCCAUGGCCCACGUUCCCACUAAGGCUUGCAAAUCACCACAACGGUGGUUGAUUCAAUUCAGGGUACUGUUGCAGUCUUUGCACCUGGGCCCAUGUUCAUCCAUAGCUACACAUCAUGCAGUGAAAUCAACACCGGAGAGACAUGCUAUUCAGAACUGGCAAGAAAAUAACAUACAAAGCUGAGUGUUUAAACAAAAGAUGCAUUUUUUUUCUUUCCAUCCUGUCCCUUCCCCAUUUUUGGGAGACAGUGUCACACCUAGUAACCUUCCAUCGGUGACCACCUCCAUCCUAGCAGGGCUGAGAGCUUUGCUGGGCUCACAAGACAGUUAUUCCCCACCCCAGUAGUUUCAGCACGGAUGACCAAGGGCCAGGCAAGCUACACACAGUUUCAGGGUCUUUUGGUGCUUGUGUUGUUUCCCUAGAACAGCAACAUGAGUGAAGGUUCCGUUAUGUUUGAUCCCACUGUAGGUUUUGUAGAAAUAUUUGUCAUUCAGCAGUCUUGUUUGAAAUGCUCCACCCAUCUGUCUUCUCCACCCAGUGCAAAAUUUCACCCUGUAAUUGCGAGAGCUGUAGGCUGGAGAUAAAUUUCAUUCUUACUUUGCUCUGCAUUUCACUCCUGGAGUUCUUUUACAAUCCUCAUUUCCUCCUCUUCCACUCCUCUGAGUAAAAAUAACAGAAAUGAAUGCUAGAAAAGCUGUUUAGUAAGAAUUAACCAUUUCUUCUGAAUUUGUGCCCCCCAUGAGAAACUGACUUCUUCAUUACUGUUUCAGUCCAUAUCUGAAAAAUACCUUCCACACUGAGUAACUGCCCCAAAGAUUAAGAGGUAAAGCAGACAGACUCUUACUUGUUAUUUUUUUCCCCUAACAACUACUGUGCAUGGCUUAUGAAGUACCUUGCAAAAUCCUGUCAGGCUAAUGCUGGCUUUUUUGGUGGGCCACCCUAGAUGAACCACUUGCAGAUAUAGGUUAGACAAAUACAGCUACUUGAUGGAUGAAGAAAGUGAGCUCAUUUGGCUUGACAGGGACUAUGCUGACCUGCUUGAAGCUAUUUGACCAAUGAAAAUAUCUUGCCAUAAAGUAGAUUCAUUUUACUGUUUACCGAAUGCUAAAGCUGCCAGUCUGAUGGUCGAGUUUGCACAUUUUUAGGUUGGGACAGUGCUGCUGCCUAAUUUUUUUUCAGCUGUUCUGCUACAUUACCCAAAAGUCAAAAAUUAUCUUGCUGCACACAUAUGGACAUAUAGGCUGGUCCUAGAUGUGCAAAAUAAUACAUGAUGCUUAAGUGAGAGAGAAGAAAUAAAUUGUUUAACCUGUUUUUUUUCAUAUAUAUAUUUGGACUUCAGCACUGAAAUUUUAAGUUCAGUAUUAUUGUUAUAUAAAGAAAAUGAAAAUGAAGAGCAGUUCAUCUCUGAGUUGUUGCUAAUAUUGCAGAUGCAUUAUAACUGCUAUAGCAGAUUACAUUUAUGCCUAAGAGAAACAGAAUUCAGCAAAUGAGUUUCAAAGUCUAGUCUGACUUGUUAGAGGGCUACAGAGAGAUGGGCAUGCAGGAGCAGCUCCUGGUGAUGGAGUACUUUCAUGUCUAAAUUUUCCUUUACGCCUAUCUGAUGGGUAACGUAAUGGAUAACGUAUCUGAUGGAUAACAUAAUACUGGAAACGUAUUUUAUUUCCCACUGAGUUAUGAAAAGGCCUCAUCUAUCAUAAAUCUUUAAAAAAUAAACAAAAAACCCAAACUAAGUGAAUAAAUGAGCAUAUUGAUUUUAAACAGCACUAAAAAGCAAACAGCCAUAUUGACUUCUGCAAAGGCUAGUUGAUUUGCUUCCUUGAUAACAGGCACCAGCUUAGACAAAUCAAGUCUGUGUCUCUUCAGGUUUUUCCCUGUGUCCCUCCGAACUGUAGCCCAGCAGAGCCCAUUUGUGCAGCUCUUCUGUUCAUACCUUACCUAGAGAAGGGUUGAGACUUCGGCGUGGAAGUACAGGGCUCCCUCUGCACUGUCUUAACUUACAUGAUUUUACUCUCUCUCUUUCUGUCUCUUUCCUGAUUUGGCUGCUUAGGGACAGACAGGUAAUGGAGAAGAAAUUGAAAGGGAAAAUACAGGGAAAAUGUAAAUGAAAAGAAGUUAUUAUAACUGUUAUAAUGAAGUGCCUUUCAUUUAAAUAUAAGAAUGUAACGCUGAAAUGAACUUGUGAUCCUGAAAUGCAUUUUUAAUGAGUUUCCUUUUUAUUUUGCUGCUUCAGUGGCAUAUUUUAAAGACCCUUUGAAAAAAGCCACAUUAAAAACCCCACCAAAUGCCACAACAUGCAAAAUUGGAUAUUGGUUUAUUCCAAAACUGCUGAUCAGGAAGAGUGGCUCUUCAACACAAAAUGUUGCAGUCACUUUAUUUAAAUGAGUUUGAAUUUGCAUUGUGAUGUGCCAUUCUGAUUUAGAAAAAAAAAAUUAGAUUUUCAGAUCAAAUUGACCCAGUCAGUGAAGCAUUAAGAAACUGGCAGGUUUAGUCUGAAAGCCUCAUGUUAUAUCAAACCUGCAGCCGGUGGAAGUCACAGAGCAGCAGAGAACGCCCUUUCCAGUGCAAUCAGUGUGGAGCUUCCUUUACACAGAAGGGCAACCUUCUGCGCCACAUAAAGUUGCACUCGGGUGAAAAGCCCUUCAAGUGCCACCUCUGUAACUACGCCUGCCGUCGCAGGGAUGCCCUCACAGGACACCUGAGGACUCAUUCGGUUGGCAAACCCCAUAAGUGUGGAUAUUGUGGUCGCAGCUAUAAGCAGCGCAGCUCUUUGGAAGAACAUAAGGAACGCUGUCAUAACUACCUGCAAACUAUGAAUAUCUCAAGCAGCCUUUAUUCAGCCAUAAAAGAGGAAACUAACCAGAGUGAAAUGGCUGAAGACCUGUGCAAGAUAGGGUCAGAAAGAUCCCUCGUGCUGGAUAGACUAGCAAGUAACGUCGCCAAACGUAAGAGCUCUAUGCCUCAGAAAUUUGUUGGUGAAAAAUGUCUGCCUGAUCUUCCAUAUGAUGCCACCACCAACUAUGAGAAGGAGAAUGAGAUAAUGCAGACGCACGUUAUAGACCAGGCCAUUAACAACGCCAUCAGUUACCUGGGGGCAGAGUCCUUGCGUCCCCUUGUCCAGACACCACCAGGUGGUUCUGAGGUUGUGCCUGUCAUCAGCUCCAUGUAUCAGCUCCACAAACCCCUUGGGGACAAUCAGGCUCGCUCCAACCACACAGCUCAGGACAGCGCAGUGGAAAACUUGUUGCUGCUUUCCAAAGCCAAAUCUGUCUCUUCCGAAAGAGAUGCCUCACCCAGCAACAGCUGCCAAGACUCAACAGAUACAGAGAGCAAUAAUGAGGAACGCAGUGGUUUAAUUUACCUGACAAACCACAUAGGUCCCCAUGCAAGAAAUGGCAUCUCUAUAAAAGAAGAAAACAGGCAGUACGAUGUCUUGAGGGCAGGUACUGACAAUUCCCAGGAUGCUUUCAAAGUGAUCAGCAGCAAUGGGGAGCAGGUGAAAGUUUACAAGUGCGAACACUGUCGAGUCCUUUUCUUGGAUCACGUGAUGUAUACGAUCCAUAUGGGCUGCCAUGGGUUCCGUGAUCCUUUCGAAUGCAACAUGUGUGGCUACCAUAGCCAGGACAGGUACGAAUUCUCUUCCCACAUAACUCGAGGAGAGCACCGUUUCCACAUGAGCUAAAACUCCUCCGGCACAGAUCUGGCCUCAACAGCUGUGUUACUGGAGCUGCACGAGCCACGACAGCAACAAAGCACAAGUCAGCUGGACAGUAAAAGCGACAAGAGAAUCAGAAGUUCAGCUAUCAUCUCCCACAAGAAGAGAUUUUUCCUUUUGGUAGCAUGCAUUGUAACUCAGUUUUCUAAAAUAAGUACUGAAGUUUUUAUUGAAAAUGUUUGAUCACCAAAAACCUUUAGUAAUGUAAGUAGGAGCUUUUGUAGUCACGUAGCUGAAAGCCCUUCCCUUCACUGAUGCUUCUUGCAAACCUCCCUUGCCAAAACUGUUAACCAUGCACAGGACGCACCACGCAAAGGAGGACAUGACAGGCAGGAGUGGCCAAGCUUUCUUUCUUAACACCCUGAGCACAGGCCUCUUACACCAGAUGUAUGUUUUUUGGCUUCCUGGUAUUAUUUGACUCUUUUGGGAAGAUCAACCUCAAUUAAAGAUGGAGGGCCCCAUCCCAGAUGACUUUGCAGACAGUUGCAGUGGGACAGGAUCCCCAGUCAGAAGGUCCUGAGUUGCUUUGGUGGUAAAAAGUAGAAUGUUUCCACCUGCAAGGGUGCUGCUGGUAUUGACAUCACGGCGUGCCUUGUUUGUGUCACCAGGCAGGCGAGCAAGCAUGUGAAAGAGAUAAGAAACACCCUUGUAAUACACUCUGUGAAGUAUGAAUUGCAUUUAAUGUAUAGAAAAAGGGUAUUGUUGGCUUUUCUUUGAAUAAAUGUUUUCUCUCCCUAUCCAAUAAACCCCCACUUUUCAUUAAGAAAUCCCUCCUCUCUCUGCAUAAACAAGUUAUGAUGUAUUUAAUUUUUCUUUCUUUCUUUUUAAAAUUUUAGUUAUAUAGAAAAGUAUGAUGUACAGUCGAGAUAAGCACUAGCUAGAAAUACAUGUGGGGAAUGUCUCCUUAUGCACAUUUUUCAUCUUUUUAAACUGCCUGGAAAACAUCCAAAUGUCCCUCUCUUGCAUAUGCAAACAAUCCCAUUGUACUUGCACAGAAGAUGUCCUCUUGUAGAUUUUGUGGCUCUACUCUUAAGUGUUGCACUUUUAAUUAUGUUUAAAGCACUGAGCUGAAUUAAACCAGCUGAUCAAAAUUUGCAGCCUUCUCCCUUUUUACUAGCACUUGCUGUUUAAUGCGGGACCAAGCCCCUCAAAGGUGCUGAGAACCCCGGCUUCGUAUUCAACAAAUAAUUUCCCCAUGUGCUUUAAGUUACUUUUACUUCAGUGGAACUAAUGUUAAGUUUAAAAAAAAUGGUAUUUUGCUGAAUAGAGACCAGAGACUGCAGCACUUUGCAAAGUGCAGUAAAAUCCACCAAGACCUUACUCCAUGGCAGGUUCUGCUGCAGAUACUGUAACUUCAGUUAGAAUAAAAACUUCUAUGAUUAAUGGAUUUUAACCCUAAACACAGCUGAUAUUAUUUUUUUUAAUAUCUUCUUCUUAACUUCCUCUUCCAAAUAGUUCAUUCUUCUCCCUGAACUCCCUCAUACUUUAAGAUUGGGCAAAAAAUAAAUUUUUGCAGCUGCAUAAAAAUCUGUCAUUGGUGCUGCAAUACUUCCUGGGCAACAUUCGUAAAAAUAACCCAUCUUAUUAACUUAAUAUAUAAAUACUUCCACUCUGUAUAAUUAGUGGAUAUUCUCCAACAAACACAGUCAUAUAACCAACAAGAACAGCAGUCUCGUCACACACUUACAUGUUUUCCAUUCAUAAGUGUAUGCAAGCACAUAUAUUUUUUAUAAGAGAGAUUUGAUGGAACUGUGAACAUUUAUACCUAGGCCAAUUUGGCCUGAUAAGUGUAGCUAUAUUUGAUAUACAUUUCCUAUAUAUACAUACUAUUACAGACAUGCAGAGUUCCUUGUUCUGCUUUCACUUUUGCAGGUGUAAGUCAAGAGCAACAACACCAAACUUACAGGAAAGAUACUGAUGAGAUAAUGAAUUACAAAUGUAUGCUUUUACAAUCUCAUGUCUUAGCUCUUCAUGCCAACUGUAAGAAAGACACUCAGUUCAUACGACACAUGGGCACAGAGGUGUUUUUACACUGAAAGUACAUGCCUAUGUAGUAGCUUUGUCCCCAGAUGUGAAUGCUAUGUAUGAACGUCCAUGGACCACUGCACAUACACAACAACAGUGAAAACAAAUCACAAGUACGUUAGGUGGGCUACUACAUACAGAAUGGCCAACAACCCUGCAAAAAAAAAUGAGCAGUGUAAGCUAGAGGCCCAAAGGUGAUCCCCUCUAUUCCCACAUUAUAGGUCAGUUGCCUCAAAAGGCAUAUUGCUCAUUACCUUCCAGCCCAACACACUGUGCAGAGGGUGACCACAAGGAAUCGUUGGCCACUUUCACGCCCCAGAGAAAUUGUGUCAUCUAUGGUUGCUACACAUUCAGCUUCAAGGCAGGCUGUACCUGGCAAUGAGGCACUGACAAAUAUUUUGUAUAGAAAUGACCUGAAGAGGACCUUCAAGGGGGUACCUUACGGUGAUGAGUUUACUUUAUUACUUUCUGUUCAAAUAAAGUUGAAAUGUGUUCAUUUUUUCAGAGGUGGUAGGAUACCUUCGAUUCUUCUUGCACCUCUCCACUUUUGACUGAUACCAACCAAGAAGGGACAAAGUCAUUUCCCAGCUCUGCUGCAACGUCCUGUGUGUAGUCACAUGUUAGCUGUACAGAAACAUUCUGCUUUUAUUGCUCUUGCAGCAAUUUCCUACUGAGCUUAGAUUUAGGCCACUAUAUACCCUAUGCCGUAAUUUUUUUAACCUUUCAUUUUAACUUCAUUUUAAGACAUCCCAAGCUAUAAAAAGGAGGGAGACAGGAGGUCACUCAGGUGCUUUUGUUGCUUUGCUUUUACUAAAAUCCAACACGAAUAAAGCCACAUUCAUUAACCAUGUAAAUAAGCACAGCUCCAGAGGAGUUUAAGACUGCCUUGAACUUAGUUUUUAAAUAUGAUUUCUGAUUAUUGGGUAGGUUCACUGCCUUUGCAGCACUGCUGUGCACACAUGCACAUGUGUGAGUUUCCGUGUCGCUUUUCUUGUCGACAUGCACAUGCUCGAUCUGUACGUUUGUGUAUCAUUAAUAUUUUAUAUACAUACGUAUAUGUAUAUAUAUCUAAAAUGGUUCAUAUGACAUGAUGAUGCACUGUCAGUCACAGUAGGUUUGUUUCCUGGGUCUGGAGUUUCCUUAUUUAUACUAUAACAGAAUAUGUUGAUGUUGUAUAUUGAACAGUACAGUAGUAUAAGUAAGUAUAGUAAGACACAGUGUAUCAGAGGGCAUAGUCUAAAGGCAGGAGCAAACAGCAUCCUCUGUUCAUGAAGGGGCUUCUUUAGGUUUGCCUUUUUUAGGUGUUUUUUUAUUUUCUGUACAAAAUCAAUUUGUUCAGAAAUAAGUGUUUUGAUAAUUUUAUUUAUGAACAUAUGCAAUGAUGGCAGGAAAAUAGGAUGUUGCGUGUCUGUACAUUGAAAAAAACUGUGCCCUCAUAAAACUAUAAUUUAGUGUAAUAUCCCUUUUUAUCUUUUUUUUUAAUUAUUAUUUUUUAUUUUGCUAUGGUGCAAUACCCUGAUAUGGUUUAGCUGAACCCUAAAACAAGUAAAUAUGGUGACUUGCUUUAAUUUUAUAUCUGUUUUUAAAAAGUAAAAAAUAACCACCUCUCAGCCCUUCCCCAAACACUGCCUUUUCUGAUAGAGAAGUUGUAUUUACACACCUUUUUGUUUUUGCUGUGAUUUUAUAUUGUAACUUCAUUUUUCUUUGAGAACAUUGUAUUUAAAAAAAAAAAAAAGCAAAUUUCAUAAAAAAUU